UGACGUGUAGUUUAUACUACUUAUGAAGGCUAAGGAUCAUCUAACAACUUUUUAUAUUAUACCAUUAUGGAGUUAGUUAUAUUUCUUUUUUAAAAAGAAAAACUGAAUUAGCUAGUUUUACUUUUUAAAGGGCAGAACUCUUAUGAUGAUUUAAAAAAACACAGAAUAUUUUGACUUAACAAGUAUUUUGUAUAAGAAACAAAUAGGUUUUACAUUUAUAAGAAUUCUUCUAGCUUUCAUAUAUUUGAUCAACCACCAAUAGUACUUUUUUAGGGCUAACAUCAAUAAUUUAUAAGCAGUUUAUAAUGAUUUACACUAAAUUUAGGCAUUUUAAGAGAGGAUUUCCUCCCCCCCCAGAAAUCUGCCAUUUGUUAGAUUUGUCUCAAGUCCAGUUGUGUUUAAAGAUCAUGUCUGCUGUAUUGCAGAUUUAUUGUUUUACUCCUGUGGAAUGUCUUUUGAUGUUAUCUGUGCCAUUCUGCUUCAUAUGAGGAAGAAUAUUAGGUAUUGACUGACACUAGAGAAAAAUAUUUUCAUUUCUUUAAGGGUUCAAUAUGGGCAAAGACUGGGUGGCUCAGUCGGUUAAGUGUCUGACUCUUGAUUUUGGCUCAGGUCAUGAUCUCAGGGUAGUGAGAUCAAGACUGCAUUGCCACCUGUGCUCACUGGGGAGUCUGUUUGAGAUUCUUUCCCUCUAUCCCUCCCCCACUCACAUGCACGCAUGCACUCUCUCUUAAGCAAAUUAAUCUUAAAAAAAAAAAAAAGACAGUAUGGGCAAAGACCAAUUCUGAUGACUGUAAGGAACCUGAGUUCUAAUUUUCAGGUUAAGUCAAAAGAUUAUACUGAGCUGCUGCUGCUUUUUUUUUUUAAGAUUUUAUUUAUUCAUUUGACAGAGAGAUAGCGACAGUAGGAACACAAGCAGGGGAAGUGGGAGAGGGAGAAGCAGGCUUCCCGCUGAGCCGGGAGCCCGAAGCGGGGCUCGAUCCCAGGACCCUGGAAUCAUGACCUGAGGCGAAGGCAGACGCCUAACGACUGAGCCACCCAGGUGUCCCGAUACUGAGCUUCUUUAUUUUGCAACAGUUUGACAUUACUGGACCACACUGAAUGCUUUAUCAUAGAUUGAUUGAAGUAAGUCAUUUCAUAUUAGAACUGAAAGAUCCCUUAGAGGUCAAGUGCAAGUCAUCCUUUAUCUGGUAAGGGCUGGCAGCAUAGCAUAGCAGGUAAAGUUACAUGCUCUGAAGUCAGACUAGCUAGGUUAGAUUUCCACUUCUUCCAUUUGCUACUUGGGUGAUUUUGGCCAGUUACUCAGCCUCAGUUUCUUCAUCUGUAAAAUAGAAGUAAUAAUGUGUCUAGCUACUUUCUAGACUUAGCAUGAGAUGUUUAGGUGAAACAUUCUAGGGAAACCAUAUAUAUAACAUAGUACCUGGCACGUGGUAAGCCUUCAGUAGAUGUUACUGAUUAAUAAUAUUAAUGGUAAUAAUAAUAAUAAUAAUAAUAAUAAAUCCAGGAUGUAUUGGCUUAAGAUUAUUAUAGGCUAUAAUCAUGUCCUUUGUGUUGGUUUCUAUGGGGCCACUGUUUUGUUGCUUGCCCUCUAGAUUCUUUUGCUGCUCCCUCAAUCUGUAUAGCCUUAGUUAUUCCCUAAAUCAAGUAAUCUUUCCUGGUGCCUAAAUACAAACUCACUUAUGUUUAACUUAGGUAAAUUAAACUAUAUGUGUGUGGCAAAAAACAAAAACAAAAAGCAAACAAGAAGGAUGGAAAAUAAUUUUAGUAUUGUGGAUUAUUACCUAUUAGAUGAGCUGAUGAACUUAGAUUUAAUGUGAGUUGGGAUUCAUAGAUCCUUUGUUCUUGCAGGCUCAAUUCCUUGGUGUCUCUCUUAGAAUGAGCAUCUUGCUGGGCUAAAUAUACUUCUUGUGUUUAAAGAUAUGUAAGUUUUGGGGCACCUGGGUGGCUCAGUUGGUUAAAUGCCUGCCUUCGGCUCAGGUCAUGAUCCUGGAGUCCCUGGAUCGAGUCCCACAUUGGGCUCCCUGCUCGGCAGGGAGUCUGCUUCUCCCUCUCACCCUCCCCCCUCUCAUGUGCUCUCUCUCAUUCUCUCUCUCUCAAAUAAAUAAAUAAAAUCUUUAAUUCUUUUUUUUUUUAAAGAUUUUAUUUAUUUGACAGAGAGAGAGAUAGCGAGAGCAGGAACACAAGCAGGGGGAGUGGGAGAGGGAGAAGCAGGCUUCCCACGGAGCAGGGAGCCCGAUGUGGGGCUCAAUCCCAGGACCCUGGGACCAUGACCUGAGCCGAAGGCAGACGCUUAAUGACUGAGCCACCCAGGCGCCCCUAAAUAAAAUCUUUAAAAAAAAAAAAAGAUACGUAAGUUUUAUACAAGAAAGCCUGUAAGCAUAAGCCCAUUGCUUCAUCUGGUGCUCAACUGAAGAAACAACAGUUAAUUGAAUUGCUUUAGGAAAAAUAAGCUGCAUUGGGCUUACCAUAUUGAUAGGAGAUUGGUAUCUUCCUAAAGGAUUUUAAUUCUUAAGUUGUGAGAUAUGCACACACAUAAAAAGUGAGUAACAAGAAAUAUAUAAUAUACACUCAAAAUAUGAAAAAUAUAAACAAUUAAAUUAAGAAAAAUAUUACAGCAACAAAACAAUUUAUCAACAGAGCAAAACCUAUGUAAUCACCAUUCAAAGAACAGUACAACACCAGCACCUCAGAAGCCUACUUGUGCCUCCUCCCAUAAAGACAUGCUUGUGUCCCAGUCAGUAUAAAUCAGUUUUUAUAUAUGUUUUUUUUUAACUGGCAUCUUUAAAAAAUUUUUUUUGAUUUAAAUUCAAUUUAACAUACACUGUCAGAUCUUUUUUUCUUCUUCAGCUGUUUUUAUACAUGUUCUAUGUGAAUCUGAAAAGAAUGUUUAUUCUGCAAUCAUAAUGUUCUGUAUAUGUCCUUUAGGUCAUGGUUGUAGAUUGAAUUGUUCAAAGUUGUAUCCUACUGUUUUGUUUUCUUGCUUUGUUUUUGAGAGGUGUGCUAAAAUCUCCCAAGAUCAUGGAUUUAUUCUUCUUAUAGUUCAGACAGCUUUUUGUUGUAUAUAUUUUGAUGCUGUUUUAUUAGGUGCAUAUACAUUUAAAUUCUCUUAUCUUCCUGGUAAAUUGAACUUUUUCUAGUUGGGAAGUGAAUUGAACUUUUUCUAGUUGGGAAGUGUUCCUCUGUUUUUAGAAAUUUUUUUUGCCUAAAGGCGAUGAUUUAAUAUAAUAACAUCAGUUUUCUUUUGGUUAGUGUUCAUGUGGAAUCUUUCUCUAUCCAUUUACUUUUAACCUUCUGUAGCUUUAACAUUUUAUUUUGACAAAUUUUAAACCUACAGCAAAGUUAAAAGAAUUGGCCAAUAAGCAUCCAUAUACCUAUCACCUAGAUUGACCAAUUGCUAACAUUUUGCCACCUUUGCUUUCUCUCUCUCUACACAUUUUUUUUUAAAUAAACUUUUUAUUUUGGAAUACUUUUAUAUAGAAGUUGCAUCUAUUGUACAGAGAGUUCUUGUAUACCCUUCACAGUUUCCCCUCAUGUUAACAGACAUUUUAUAUAGCCUUGGUUCAGUUAUCAGAACUAAACAGUUAACGUUGGUAUUUUACUAUUAACUCAAUUAUAGGCUUUAUUUGGAUUUCAUCAGUUUUUGCACUGAUGUCAUUUUACUAUUUUACUAUUACAGGAUCCAAUCCAGGAUACCAUUUUGCAUUUAGAAUAUACUUUUUUUUUUUUUAAGAUUUUUAUUUAUUUAUUUGACAGAGAGAGACACAGCAAGAGAGGGAACACAAACAGGGGGAGUGGGAGAGGGAGAAGCAGGCUUCCUGCUGAGCAGGGAGCCCGAUGUGGGGCUCGAUCCCAGGGCCCUGGGAUCAUGACCUGAGCCGAAGGCAGAUGCUUAACGACUGAGCCACCCAGGCGCCCCUGCAUUUAGAAUAUACUUUAAAAAAAUUCUGAACCAUUUCACAGUAAGUUGCACAGAUCAUGACACUUUACCUUUUAAUAUGUUGGCAUGUAAUUCCUAAGAUCUAGGACAUUUUCCUGUAUAAUCACUAGACGUGUGUGUAUGUGUAUGUGUGUGUGUAUAAACAUAUUUUGCUCAAGAAAUUUAACAUGAUGCAGUAAUAAUAGGUAGUAAACUUUCCUAAUAAAAAUGAAGUAAUAAAAAUUUCCCAAUAACUCAUCAAUAAUAUUUAACUCUUAGGAUCUAAUCAAAGAUCAAGCAUUACAUUUUGUGGUCAUGUCUCUUGACUUCCUUCAAACUAAGACAAUUUCUCAGCUUUCUUUUCUUUUUUGAUAUUUCAUGACAGUAACAUUUUUGAAGACUCCAUGACAAUUGUUAUUAGUUUGCCUCACAAUCUGGAUUUGUCUAUUUUCUCAUUAUUAGAUCCAGAUUUAAAAUUCUUGACAAGCUUGGCUACAUGGGUGAUGUUUCCCAUUGUAUCACAUCAGGAUUGACAUAUUGAUAUAUUGUAGGUGUGUUCACAUCACUGGUUAAAGUCGUAUCUUCAGAUUUCCCCAUUGGAAAGGUACUUUUUCCCUUUUAUAAUUAAUAAGGUGAUGAUUUUGAGACUUAACGUGAAUAUCCUAUUUACCCACAAACUUUGAGGAAAUGGCAGCAUUCGUUCGUCAUCUUUCUGCCAUUUAUUAUUACAUUGAUAGUUAUAAUAAGGAGAGUUCUUAAUUUUGUCAUUUCUUUUACAUGUAUUAGAUACAGUUCUUCUGUAAAGAAGAGGUUUCCCUUUUGCCCUCAAUUUUUUUCUUUCACCGUUUUCAAAACACUGUGGACUGAUGUAUUUUUUUUUUCGUACAUGCUAUAAUCUCAAUAAAUUUACUCAUUUGGACUAUUAGUGACUUCAGAAUUACCAAUCCAGUACUAUUAUUAGCAACAAAUCUACUAAGUAGAGUUCAGGUUUUUUUGAAUAAAUAAAAUACACAGUUCAAAAGUCAAAACUUGAUCCAUUUAGAGAACUUUUACUUUCUUGUACCAUAUUCCCUCCCGUGCUGUAUAGCUAACCAUUUUCAUUAGUUUCUUCAUUGUCUUUCCUGUGUUUCUUUUUCCAAAAAUGAGCAAAUGUUUAUAUGUACUUUUUAAAAAUUGAAGUAUAGUUGACAUACAAUGUUACACUAGUUUUAGGGGUACAAUAUGGUGAUUCAGCAAGUCUGUAAGUUUUGCUAUUCUCACAAGUGUAGCUACCGUCUGUCACCAUACAACGCUAUUACAGUCCCACUGACUAUGUUCCCUGUGCUGUACCUUUUGUCCCAGUGACUUACUUGUUCCAUAACCGGAAGCCUGUAUCUCCCACUCCCCUUCACCCAUUUGUCCAUCCCUCCGCCCUCUGCCCUCUGGCAACCAUCAGUUUGUCCUCUCUCUAUAUGUACUUUAAUUUCUCUUUUCUCAUACAAGAAAGCAGCAUGUUAUAUAUAAUUAUUUUACACAUUCCUUUUUUAAGUUAGUGCAUAGACAUCUUUCCUUCUCCUCCUCCUUUUCCGCCCUCCCCCCUCCUGUCUCUUCUUUUCUCCCUGCUUUGUGUCAUACUGUUGUGAAAGUGUAUCACAAUUUGUUCACCUAGUCUCCUAUGGAUGGGCAUUUAGAUUGUUUCUGAGCUUUUUCUAUUUUAUAGACUUUGUAUAGAAUUACAUAGUGAGUAACUUUGUGAAUAUGUGGUUUUAUAUUUGUGGCAGUGUAUCUUUUUUUUUUUUUAAGAUUUUAUUUUUGAGUAAUCUCUACACCCAAUGUGGGGUUUGAACUCACAACCCCGAGAUCAAGAGUCGCUUGCUCCCCCGAUUGAGCCAGCCAGGCAUCCCUGUGGAGGUGUAUAUCUUAAGAGUAAAUUUCUAGCAGUAGGCUUGUAGGUCUGAGAGUAAAUGAGUACGUAAUUUUGUUAGCCUAUAAUCUGGGCAAAAAGGCAUUUUGGGCAGAAGGUAGAGCAGGUAUAAAGGCUCUGAGGCAGGGUGUGUAGCUGGUGUGCUGAAGGAAUUGCAUAGAGGCCACCUGAAGAAACAGGUGAGAAGCGGCCUGCUGAAGAUCCUGUGCACUCGUGGCAGAGCUAAACUAGGGCCCUAGCCUCCAUACUUCCCAUUCAUUGCAACACACUUAAAAAAAAAUUUUUUUUUAAGUAGGCUCCAUGCCCAGUGUGGAGCCCACCGUAGGGUUUGAACCCGCCACCCAGAGAUCAAGACCCGAGCCGAGAUCAAGAGGCAGACACCUAACGGACUGAACCACCCAGGCGCCCCUGCAAGCCACUUACUAAACAAGAAUGCAUACAGGCCAAACAGGAAUGUGUUGUCAGGGCUCUGAGAGGAGGGAGAAGAUACGGAGCAGGGUGAGGACUUCACAGGUGAGGCAGAGCAUAAAGGAUGGUUAGGACUGGGGUAGCAGUUGAAGCAGAGCAGUGCACCUACCCGACUCUUAGAACUCGGUGUGGGUAAGGGCUUGGAAGCGAAAACAAGUAUGUGCUUGUUGGGGAGAUAAUGCCAGGAAUGGAAUGUUUGUCUGGGAGGAAUGAGAGGAUAACUGGAAGCAGGUUAAGUAAAUCAGGCCUUAUAAAGAUUCUCAGAUUCCAGGAUGAAAUUUGAAGUUGAUUUGUCUGCAGAGUCACUGCAGGUUUUGGUGUGGAGAUGAGAUAGUAUGGUUUUGUGUCUUCUCUAGUUUGUGGUCAUUGUGUCCAUCUCUUUUUAUCUUGAGAAAGUCAUUCAUUUAGUUGUUCUAAUGACUAUUUAGUAGAGAUCAAUGUGCCUGGCUCUGGUAGGGUCUCAGUGUUAGCUGAUACUUGGUUACACUCUUUCCUCUCCUUGCCGUCUUUGGACCUAACUUCAUCUCUGUAUUAGAAAAUACUCAGAUCCCACCCAAAACUUGCAGGAUCAACUAAGAUUUCUCAUUGCCCACUGUUAGGCUUACAGCUUGAUUGGUUAUAAGGUGGGAACCCCUUCUCUCACUUCCAGAAAGCAAAACAACAGGAGAGGAAUGAUCCUUGCCCCUAAGGGUUAGGAAUGUGACGGGGGAGUACUUCCUGCAUUUUCAUUCUGGAGGACUAAGUGGUAAUUUGUUCUUCUAUCCCCCGUUGUCCUUAUCCUGCAGUUCAGUCUAGAACUGUGCUGUGCAGUAGUGUAGCCACUAACCACGUGUGUGUAGAGCACUUGAGAGGUGGCGAGUCUGAAUUGAGGUGUACUGUUUGAAAGUGUAGAACAUGCUUUCACUUUCAAAGACUUAGUAUGACAAAGAGAAUAUAGAAUGUCUCAGUAAUGAUAGUCUUGCUGAAAUAAUGCUUUGAAUGAAUUGUGUUAAAAUACAUUAAAAUUAAUUUCAUCUUUUCUUUACUUUUUAAAAACAUGAAAUUUAAAGUUGCAUCUGUGGCUUACAUUAUAUUUCUGUUGGACAGUGGUCUAGAGACUUGAUGAAAUUUAGACAUUUCGUAUUGCAUUGCACCAAGAGGUACAUAAUAUGAGUUUGUCCCAUUCUUAAUGAUAACUAAAUUUGGUAUUUUCCAAAACUGUAUUUUAAAUAUAUACUUUGAUCACUUUCAGAACUUUCCGUUAUAAAGGUGUUUGUGUGUGUGUAUAUAUAUGUGUGUGCGCAUGUGUAUAUAUGUGUAUAUAUAUAUAUAUAUAUAUAUAUAUAUAUAUAUUAAGGUAUGUAUUUUUGAAAUUACUUCCAGAGUUUUUGUUGUAACGAUACUUAAAAAAAAACACUCAGAACUUUCCAUUUUAAAGAUAGAUUUUGAGUAUUUCUGGAACUCUCCAGAGUUGAGAUACAUUUUUUUCUUUUGCAAUGAGAAAUCUGUGGAGUGAUAUUUUGGCACCUUGGGAACAUCCUGUUUCCAUUCUUUUUUACCUAAUGGUUUUAGUGCCCCUUCAAGAUCCUUUUCUGAAUAAGUUAUGUUGGAUGCUAUUCAACAUGGUGAUUUUUAAAUGCUGUUAUUUCUUUUUUAUAUACAGUUGUCAUUCUUCUGUAAAGAAGAACAUUCUUUUUCUUCUUUCUCUUUUUCAUUUUAUUUUUAGGUAGAAGAGCUAUGUGGCCUACAGCUUAGUUGGUUCAUACAAUAGAUGUUUGAUUAGAAAAGUGAAGUACAAAUGAAAUUUUAAAAGAUGGAAUCAGCGUACAUGGACAAUGGUUGUCCACUCCUUAAAGGAAUCUUAUUGUAAAUCUUUUUUUGCAAAGCUAGUAAUCACCUGUUAAUUUCUGUUAUCCUUACAAACUGGAAUUUUCAUAUAUAGCACAUUUGUUCAACAAAUUACUGAAUGCUUAUUCUGUUGCAGACUCUGUGUUAAGCACUUAGAUUGGAGUGGUAAGCAGAAGAAAAAUGGCUGUCCUUCAUAUAAGACGCAUCCUUCUAGAUGAGGAGACAGACUUGCCCAGAACCCAGUGAGUGAAGGCAAUUAGGAAGCUGUAUCUGAAGAAUCUUGAUUUGGGAGGUGUUAUACAGACUUUUCCUCACAAACCUGCUCAAAUAAAUGCUUUGAAAUUCAGAACCUUCAACAGUCAUUCUCCGUGGGUCCGAUGUGAAGAAUAUAUAGUAUAUUUGGCAGUUACCUGCUGUUGUCUUUCUGAUGGAACCCUGAAUUAAGAUUGUAGACCUCUUCCCUCAAUUGCAAUUUUUUCUCAAGUUUUUUUCCUCUCUGGACAUUUUCCCAGCAUUGCUGAGGUCCACACCUGUGUAAGGCAUGUCCUAGAGACAUACUUCAGGGACUCCUAAUACCCUGAACACGGACAUGUCCAGUUAGAUGUGUACGUGUCUUUAUUUUUAUGUUUUUAAAGAUUUUAUUUAUUUGACAGAGAGAGACACAGCGAGAGAGGGAACACAAGCAGGGGGAGUGGGAGAGAGAGAAGCAGGCUCCUCGCUGAGCACGGAGCCCGAUGCGGGGCUCGAUCCCAGGACCCUGGGAUCAUGACCGGAGCCGAAGGCAGGCGCUUAACAACUGAGCCACCCAGGUGCCCCUGUGUGUACGUGUCUUUAAAGAAAUAAGAUGUCUGUUAGUAAAGUGCUGUGACCUCAGGUUCCAGAAUAUCAACGCAACAUUCUUUAGAAGAGAUGCUUCACUUUGGAUGAAUCUAAGUUCAGAAUCUAGUCAGCCUGUUGUCAAAGGGAGAAGGAGAGUCCCAGCGACAGGAAAGCACCUCACUAUGAAUUGGUUUGGAAAUUACUUCUCUAAAUUUCCUGAGGAUGUUUCCUUUCUCAACGUACACUCACCUCUGUUGCUUUCACUCAUCUCCUCUGAAGAUGAACAACAUUUUAUUUCUAGUAUGAGGAGCCAUGGGCCAGCUCAGGCCGUGGUGAAGCAGCCUCUCCGGGGAACCCCUGGCAGGACCACCAUCACAGCGAUUGUCCAGACUGGGGGAGACUGGAGCACCGGCCUCUUCAGUGUCUGCAGAGACAGGAGAAUCUGUUUCUGUGGUCUGUUUUGUCCAAUGUGCCUUGAGUGUGACAUCGCCAGGCAUCAUGGAGAGUGCCUUUGUUGGCCACUGUUACCCGGGUCCACCUUUGCACUGAGAAUUGGCACCAGAGAGAGACAUAAAAUACAGGGCACCCUGUGUGAGGACUGGCUCGCCGUGCACUGCUGUUGGCCCUUUUCCAUCUGUCAGGUGGCCCGGGAGCUCAAGAUGAGGGCCUCCCAACUCUACGAAAUCUAUGCAGCUCCUUCAACCAAGGACAACCUUAUUUGACAGAGCGAGAAAACGCCUCCUCCUUACUCCCCUCACCCUCCUCUCAAACCUGUCUUAGAAGAGAGAUUGUUCUUAAGCUUUCAUGGAAAUAAUAAGAAAAUAAAUGAUUUCUCCCCUACUG